UCAUUUGCUUUAGUGUCGCUACAACAAUGUCAACAAGAUAAUCAAGAUGGAGGUGUAAAUGGACAUUUUAGCUAUCGUUAUUUUUCGUCUGUGAUCAAUAUUCCUGCUGGCCAGGAAUUAACCAGUCAUAGAUGGCAACUAGAGAAAAGAUUAAAAGAAGAAAUGUUAGAGUCAAGCCAGAAACUCCUACUUACAAAGGCUUGAAAGAUGACCCUUCAUUGCCUGGUACAUAUGAGAAACCAGGGGAAGAUGAGGGGAACUCAGGUGGCAGUGUUCCACAGAAAGGAAGUGUUAUAUCUGUGAAGGAAGCUGUUGAAAGCAAUCAGAUUGACAGCGAGAAAGAGAAAGGAGACGAGGAAGAGAAUGAAAAGACUCCUGAGCCUGGUACCUCUAGUCAGAACCUUAACCCUCCUUCAGCAAGAGGUACUCCAGGUAAAAGAAGUCCAAGCCUGGAGACAGAAACACGUCCAGCCAGUGUAGCCAGCGCACGCAAGUCACCACUGCCAUUUUUGAAUAAGAAUGUAGUUCAACCCAUAGAUGAUGAGCAAGCUUCUCAGAUGGGAAGCAUGGUCUCUAUGAAGUCUUCCCAUACUGCAAAAGAUGCUUGGAUUGAUGAGAAUGAAGAGCCCAUAGUCCGCCCAUCCUCUGGAGGUGCUACAGAAUCCAGACCACAGUCAGCUGCUUCACAAAGACACACGAAGUCUCCUGGUCCAAGCAUUAUCAGUGUGUCUGAGGCCAAAGCAGAGAACAGAAUCGGAGACAUCGGUGGAGAUAAUGCGGAUACACAAAGUAUCACAUCCCGUACAUCAUCCCCUAUGCUUGCGCCACCAGAGCUACACGGGGAACAGCAAGCUUAUAUUCCAUACCUGCAGGCGCGGAAUUGUAUUGCAAAGAUUGUAGACGACAUGAAGAAAAUGAAAGGAAGUCAUAUCUUGAUUGUGCAGCAAAUCCAGGAUGCUUACAAAGACAUUGAAAAUGAAACCCAGGGCCAGUUUAACCUGUUUGUCCUCAACCUACGUCAUCAGUAUGCUGAGAAGGUCAGCACAUUUCGCCAUGUAAUCAAUGUGCACAGGGAAGAACUCAGUCAGAAACAGCUCUACUGGGAUAGCAUGUUAGCAAGUCUGUCCAAGCGUAACAAUGAAUUGUUGCGAGACAAGAGAGCACUGCUCAUAAAAAACAAAAUAGAAGUGGACCAGCUGGAGAAAGAAAAAGAUGAAAUAACGGUUGAGUUUACUCACAAAUUGGAUGAAGCUGGCAUUGCAUUGUCAAAAGCUAACAAGACACUUGAAGAUGAGAGAGUACAGUUUGCAGAAAAGGAAAAGAAAUACCUGGAAGAAAUUGAAGCACUCAAGAAGAUGCAUGGAGAAGAAAUGCAUGUUGUUUUGGCUCAGAAAGAUGAAGAGUUUUCAAAGAAAUAUGAAGAACUUCGUUUAAAAGAGGAGGAGGAAAGAAAGGUUCUCAAUGAAGCACUUCAACAUGAAAAAGAUAAGGUAACCAAGUUGGAGGAAGAAUUGAAGAAGAUGCAUGAGGAAUUAGAGAAUGCCCGUGCUCAAGCUGCAGCUGCAGGAGUGGCCAUAGUGGCUACAACUAUUAAGGAAGAAGAACACAAGACAAUGGCAGUGCAUGUUGAAUCAAAACCUGCUACAGAUACUGUGGUGACCAGUGCUCCUGUUCCCUCUGCUGUCACAGCAACCAAGGUGGUGGUCAAAGACAUGUCUGAGGAAGAACGUUUGAGAAUGGAAGAAGAAAGAAACAAGAUGGCAGAAGAAAGAAACAAGAUGGCAGAAGAAAGAGAAAGGGCCAACAAAGAAAGAGAGGAGUUCCAAGAAGACAGAAAGAAAUUCCAUGAAGAGAGAAAUAAACUUGUGCAAGAUUUGACCAAUGUUCAGCGAGAACUGUUGGAAGUGCAGGCUAAGUAUGACUCUCUAAAGGCUCAGCUUGGUGAUGUUGCUGAAUUGAGAGCUAAUUACGAAGCACUUCAGACACAGUUUACAGUGGUAGCUGCAGCAGUGACAGUGUCAAGUGAGGAAGACAAGAAAAAGGCUGAGGAAAAUAUUAAGAAAGUAGAGUCAGAAAGAAUCAUAAUGAUGGAGGAAAGUAAAAACCUUGAAAAUGACAUCAAGAAAUGGGAGGAGGACUUUAAACAGCAAAAUGGCAGAGAGCCAAAGGAGGAGGACAGAACGGAUUCAAUCAAGGAAUUUUAUGUGAUGAAAGAAGAAACAGAUGGUAUGGUUCACAAGUUAGAUACCAAAAUCACAACCUUAGAACAGCUGAAAGAGGGCAAGGUUCCAGAAGCACCCAAAGUUGAGCCCAAACCAGUGACAGUGGUUGAGCCAGAAAUUAAGACCGUAGAAAUCAAGGUACAGGACCCAGAGGUAGUUGCAGAGCUAGAAAAGACACAGGCAGAGCUUGCAGACCUGCACAAACAGAUCGCUGCUCUCCAAGAAACAAACAGCAAGUUACAGGGAGAGAUAUCAGGGCUGCAGGCUGAAGUGUUGGCAAAGAGUGCCUCCCUGUCUACAGUGGAGGCAGAGAAGUCUGGACUACUGGAGCAGCUGAAGGCAGCUUUAGCUGCAGCGGCAGUCUCUGGAGCUGUCACAGCAGAGGUCAGUGCAGGCAGUACUAGUUCUGGGGGUAUUGAUGCCACUGUUCAUGCACAGCUGAAGGCAGAUCUGGAGAACAACAUUAAGGAACUAGAGAAACAGUUAAAAGAGAAAGAGAAGGAACAUGACCACCAGAUGAAAGAAAAGGAAAGAGAAAAGAAAACCAUGGAGAGAGACAUGAAGAAAGUGAUCAAAGCCAUGGCCAAGCAGGAGGCAGGGAAGAAGUCUGACCAGGAUUCUCAGAAUCUGAAGUUGUUGCUAAAAGCUGUGGUUGAUGAGGCCAAACUGGUGCAUGCUGAAGUAUCAGCUGCUGCUAAGAAAGUGGAAACCAACCAUGGUGCAGCAGAAAAGGAGACUCCAAAAGUGAUGACAAAGUAUGAUAAGUGUAAACAGAAUACAGAGGCUUGGGCCAAGAAAUAUACAGAAAAGAAUGGGAAGGCACCAGAGGAGGCAGACAGGGAUGCUGAUGCCCAAAAACUUUUUGCUGAACUUGAGAAGUCAGGCGAGGAAGUCACCAAGGCAGAGCUGAAGCUCACAGCACUGGCCAUGUUGAAGACUGGGGUGAUACCUGAGAAAUGGAAGCCUGCAGCAGCAAUGAUGGGAAGCAGUGCUACAGGAGUUGGAAAAGAAGAGUUGGAGAAACUGGAACAGCAAAUAUCUGAGCUUGAAGACAAAAUAUCUGAGUUGGAAUCUGACAAUGACACCCUGAAAGAAAAAGUUUCUUCACUGGAAGAGGAAGACAAAGAGAAGGCAGAAACUAUCCAGCAGUUGGAAAAAGAGUUGGCAGCUGCAAAAGCAGCCGUCACAGUGACAGCAGGCCUGCCAACAACAGUGACAGUAGACCAACCAGCAGCAGUUACAGUAACAACAAUGCAGAAGACAGAUACUGUGGAGGUUGACCUUGAUACAGAACAGGUGGAUGCUGAGCUCCAAAAUGCCCAGAUGUCCGAGUUGCAGGCCCAAUUAGACAAAGCUGAGGCUGCACUGAGAGAGGAGCAAGCGGCACAUGAGAACACCAGAGAGGAACUGGAGGCACUGAAACUACAAAUUGCAAAUCUUAGGGAGGAAACUGAGAUUCAGAAAUCAGAAUCAGACUUGAAGCUGAAAGGGGCUUUAGAGUCCCUACAGGAAGAACUCAAAGCAAAAGAAAAGUCACUGGCAGAAUCCAAGACUAGAGCUGAUGAACUGGAGAGGGUGCAGUUGGCAAAUGUACCAAUAAAUACAGCCAAUGAAAUUAAGAAACUGAAGACUAAAAUAGCUGCACUUGAGAAAGAAAGAGAUGGCAAAGCCAAGGAGGCAACAGCAUCAAAGCAUAAAGUAGCAGAACUUGAGGGGAAAGCAAGUAACUUACAGAAAAGUUUAGAAUCACAGAAAGCAGCAGUUGAGCAGUCAGAGGCCAAGUUUAAACAGAUAAAGGCUGAAAAAGAUGCUCAGACAAAGAAGCUUUCAGAACAGUUUGAGGCCAAAGAGCAAAAAAGAGCUGCUGAAGAGAAGACUAAAAUUGCAGCUUUACAGAAAAAGAUACGUGCCCUUGAGGCAGCUGGCGCAGCUGGUGCUGCUGGUGCUGGUGCUGGCAGACCUGAAAGAGGAAAGGCAGGAGAUGGCAAGUCAGAAGCAAUGCUGAAGAAACUGCAGGAGCAGUAUGCUGCAGUGAAGAAGGAGAGUGCUGAGAAAGACAACAAACUGAAACAAAUGGAGGCAGAGAUGAAGAAAGUGAAAGCAGAUGCCAAUUCAGCACAGGAUAAAGCAAAACAGCAGAAGCAUGAGAAAAUCUUGAAAGAACUUGAAAAGAAAAUGGAAAUGGAAAAGCAGAAAUCUGCAAAACAGGCUGAGAAUUUAAAGACACAAGAGGAGGAGCUUAAACAGCUGAAGAAGGACAAUGAUAACAAAAGUAAUGAAAUCAAGAAGCUGCAGGCCGAGAUGGAGCAGCUGGGCGUGGCAGCCAGUGAUGGUAUCAAGGCCUUGGCCAGGGUGGAGGAGCUGGAAAAAGAAGUGAAAAGAUUGCAAGAGGAGAACCAUGUAUUGACUGAAAAUUUCAACAGUGAGAGGGUACUUAGAAAGAAGUAUUACAACAUGGUUGAAGACAUGAAAGGAAAGAUUAGAGUGUAUGCCAGAGCAAGGCCUAUGAGCAAGAGUGAAUUAGACAGGGGCAAUGUCUUGGUGUUGAAAUCUCCAGAUGAAUAUACAGUCCAGGUUGACAGCAAGCGUGGAUUGAAAGAAUUCCAGUUUGACCAGAUUUUUAUGCCAGAGCACUCCCAAGAAAAGGUCUUUGAGGACACUCAUAAUCUUGUACAGUCUGCAGCAGAUGGCUACAAUGUGUGUAUAUUUGCUUAUGGCCAGACAGGCUCUGGGAAAACAUACACCAUGAUUGGAGAUAGUGAACAAAAGUCCCCUGGCAUAGCACCAAGGGCAUUUGAAAGGAUAUUUGAGCUACUUGAGGAAAACAAGAGUAAGUUCCUCUUCAAAGUGUCAGUUUAUAUGUUGGAGUUGUACAAUGACCAACUUCUGGAUCUGUUUGGAAAGAAGUCUGAGGCUGAUGUUAAGAUGGAGAUUAAGAAAGAUAAGAAGGGUAUGGUGUUUGUCCAGGGAGCAGAGGUGAAAGAUGCCCACAAUGCCAAAGAACUUAUGGCAUUGUUUGAUGCAGGCUCCAAGAGCAGACACGUUGCAAGCACAAGCAUGAACGCAGAGAGUUCCAGGUCACAUUUGGUGGUUGGUGUUAUUAUUGAAAGUACAAACAGGACAUCUGGCACAGUGACGAGGGGCAAGUUGAGCUUAGUUGAUUUGGCAGGCAGUGAACGUGUUGCAAAGACCAAUGCAAGUGCUGAGCAGUUGAAGGAAGCCAACUCUAUCAACAAAUCUCUGUCUGCACUUGGUGACGUGAUUUCUGCCCUGUCCAGCGAGCAGUCCUUCAUCCCAUACCGUAACAACAAGCUGACCAUGUUGAUGCAGGACUCCCUUGGGGGCAAUGCAAAGACGCUCAUGUUUGUCAAUGUGUCACCAGCAGAUUACAAUGUUGAUGAAACGGUGAUUUCUCUCACGUAUGCAUCUCGAGUGAAACUGAUUACCAAUUCAGCCUCAAAGAAUGCAGACAACAAAGAGAUUAAUCGACUUAAACAGGUGAUUGCAAAACUGAAAGCAGGUGAAGAAGUGGAUGAGGACGUCUGAAUCUGAAUUAAGAACAGCUGCGGAUGUUUUACAUCAUUUCUUGGACAAUUAUAUACACCAAUCUAGAGUCAUAUAUAUGCAUGUAGACUAUAUUUAUACAGAAUAACACAUAUUUAUAUUAGAUUUUGCCAUUUUUUAAUUUUUGAAUGUAUUCAUUAAACUUGUCAAUAUGAAAAUUUACAUGUUUGUAGACUAAUCUUUAAUAUGCAUCAUUUUUGCGAUUUAAGAAAUAUUUUUUGUUCAAUUUCAUAUUGUGUAUCAUGUAGUUUUGCUGAUUUUAUGACAUGUAACAUUAUAAUAUAUUAUAUUAGCUUAUAAAUAAUGAUUUUACUGUGAUGUAUCCAUCCGUCCAAUUGAGUGGAAAAUGCUAAUCAAGAAAUAUUUGUAUAAGGCACAUUCCAGUUAGGCAUUUCAUUAUUUUAGAAAAAACAUUUUGCCACAACUUUAUUUUUCUUUUAUCUCUGUGCAUUGAAAUCUAUGCAUGUUUUUCAGCUACUGGCUAGUUGAACGAAAGGUGCAGAAUUACCAUACUUGUAUAUUCAUAUAGAAACUUUGUAAUAAUAAGAGAAAAACCUUUCAAGUGACA